UAGUAAACCAUAAACGUGCAUGUUUUCAAAGCAGUCCAUAUACAGUUUGAAAAUUUAUGAUUUCAGUCGUCUGAGUCAUACAGCCACAAAAGUUCUAGGAAUAAAACACACAUUUCUGGGAACAUUCUUUCAACACACUUCGGCUUCAUGUUUUCCGAGAGAUUCAAAUAAUCUCUUAAACUUAAUUGGUUUUAUAAAACUUUAUUCAAAGAUCUAACCGUGACCUAUAUAAGACACAUGAAUUUUGACAUGGUUACUCAUUAGCAUUAUAGAACAACAAACAUUCAUCGAACGAACUAUAAUAUAUGUACAUUCGUCUAUAUAUGUGUAUACACGUAUUGAAUAACUUUUGAAUACAUAUAAUCAGCUUGAAUUACGUUUAAAUGUAUCAAUUAUGGAAUCAAAAUUAAAAGAAAAACAACAAUCCAACUCAUUAAUAAUUGAUGAAAAUGAAUUAAAAGAAUAUAAAUCAACUGCUAAACAAUAUGAUUCUAUUCCAAUUGAAGAGAAAGCGAAUAUUUUAAAACUUAAGAUAAUUAAUGAAUUAGAAUCAAAAUAUCGUGAACAAAUUUUAAUUUUACAAUCUGAUCUAAAAUGUUAUCAAGAUCAAAACAGAUUACUUAUUGAUGCAAUACAAAAUCUUAAUAAAACUUUAAUUGAUGAACGUUUAGAAUUUAAGAAUUUAAAGUUAUUAUAUGAAGCUGAAAUUUCCAGUCUUAAAAAGAUUAAAGAUGAUCAAAAUAUUCAACUUGAUCAAUUAACAUCAAUGAAAACGAAUGAAGAUAAGAAAUUGUUAUUGCAGAAUGCACAACUUCAAGCUAAAUGUCAAGAACUUAAUAAUCAACUUAGUUAUUUUAAAGAAAAUUUAUCUACAGAAAGAGAUAAAAUUCAAUCAGAUAAUAUUGAUCAAUUAUUGAAAGUUAAGAAUAUGGAACUUGAUGCAUUAUGUUCUACUCAAAAAACUCAAUUAGGUAUAUUAACUGAAGAGGUAAAUAAUUUACGUAAAGAAUUAAUGAAUCAACAACAAACAUCUAUAGAAUCAACAAAACAUCAAGUUAACACUGAAUUACAAAUUGAACAAUUAAUAAACUCUAUACGUACGGAAUUAUUUGAUAUACGUAAUGAAGCACAAGCUCAAAGAUUUGAAAUAGAGAAUCAACGUAAUGAAUUAAUGAAAAAGUCUAAAGCAUUAAAUCAUGAAUUAAGUUUAUUAUCCUCACGUUUAACAAAUUCUAACCAAUUUGAAGCUUUGACAACUAAUUACAAUAUGACGACUAAUACUACUAGUACUAGAACUUCAAAGAAAGAAGAUACUGCUGCUGCUGACGAUGAAGAUGAUGAAAAGAUACAACAAAUAAUCAAACUAUUUCGUAAUCAUUUUAUGGUACAUAUAAAUGAAUUUGAAAAUAAAGUAACAAGUAUUACGGAACGUUUAAAUUUAGAAGUAAAUCAAAUGCAAACAUUUAAGAUUUAUGCAAAUUCUCUUAUAGAGAAGAUAAAUACUACAGAAUCGAAACAAAAAUCUCUUCUAUUAACUGAUCAUAAUAAUCAGAGAAUUUUAAAGCAUUUAGAUAUAAGUAAUGCUAUAAGAAAUAAAAUGCAACAAUUUAUAGAAGAUUCACGUAAGAAAAAACGAGCAUUAUGUUUACGAAUAGUAUUAUUGAAACGAAAACUCAACUUCUUUGAAUAUGAAGUAGAGAAAUUACGUAAAGAGAAUAAUAAUUUAAAAGAAAAUGUAUCAAUUGCCGAAUAUGAACGAGUAUGUAUGGCAUAUAAAGAUUUAUAUAGACGUCAUCAAGAAUAUGAACGAAUUAUUCUUAAUUCCGAUAAUCAAAAAUUUAUUAUUAAAAGUAAUGAUUUUCAAUAGAAAUGAGAAUAUUGUUCAUUUCACAAUAUCUCAGCUUUCCAGAUUUCAUAUCAAUUCAACAUGAUCUUGAAAGUAUAUAACUUAUAUGAGGUUUUAUAUAUCAAUUUCAUGAAUACACUUAAUGAUACAUCUAAACUAGAUGGAUACAACCAAAUUAGACUUACCUAUCUAAAAUUCAUUGAAACAAUAAUAACAAUUGAGAUCUAAUGUGAAAUUCUUUUGUUUCAUAUUCUUUAAUUAUUACUUGAUAAUAAACAAAAUUUCACAU